CUGGAGUCCGAGCACCGCGCGGGCCUGGCCGCUUCCCCCUCUCGCCGCCUCCCCAAAAGGGGCCGAGCCGAGCGAGCGGGCGGGCGCGCGCCGCCUGGCCGGAGCAGCGGCGUCCCGCGGGCGGCGAGGCGCGCAGCGUCGCCGGCCCCACCUGUCGGCGCGGCCGCCACCGCCACCACCACCGCCGCCGGCACCGGCCCCGGCCCCGGAGCGCCAGCCAGCGCGGGCAGCCCGCGGAGACGCCGGCACGGGCCUCGUCUGGCCGCAGCGGCGGAGGCGCGGGCUCCGGUGAGCGCGGAGGCCGGCACCGUCCGGGGGGGCACCGGCCCGCCAGCCCCGGGCUGCGCAAGUUCGAUCGCGGCGGGCUCGGCCCGGCCGCGCGGGCACCGGCGGCGGCGAUGGUGCGGCAGCCCCGCGCCCGGCGCGCAGACCCGGCCCCGAGCCUGGCCCUCCGCGGCGGCGGCAGCGCGGCCCCCUGAGCCCCGGGCCGGAGCGAGCGCGAGCGGCGGCAGCGGAGGAGGAGGAGAGGAAGGCGACGCGGAGCAGCGGCGGGGAGGCGACAGGCAGCCGAGGGGCCGGGGCAGCGCAGGACCCCCUUGCGCCGCCGGGCCGUUGCGCAAUCCGCGGCCCGCCGUCCGGGCCCUGCUGGCGGCGCGGCUCCGGGGGCGGCGGCGGGGCUGAUUCAUGGGGCCGCGGCGGCCGCCCCCCCGCGCCCGGGCCCCCGGCGCCCCGCAGCCCGCGAUGGUGGCCGAGUGGCCGGAGCGGCGUCCGCCGCGGCCCGAGACUUUCUGCUAACCUCCCCGCCUCCGCCCGCCCCUUCCCCGGCGCCCCCCCCUCCCCGGCGCCCCCUCCCCCCCCCCGCGCGCUCCCCUCCCCCUGCCCAAAAAGACAGCUCGCCUCCCGGAGCGGCGCCUCCAGUCGCGGCGAGCGCGGCGGUGGCGGCGGAUGGAGGGCGCGAGCGGGCGGCCGCGGCGCCUGCACCCGGUGGGGCGCUGAUGCGGCGCCUGGACCUUCGCUGCGCGACUUCGGGGGCGUCGGCCGAGUUGGCACUCCGCGAUGCAGCUCCUGAAGGCGCUUUGGGCACUCGCAGGGGCCGCGCUUUGCUGCUUCCUCGUCCUGGUGAUCCACGCGCAGUUCCUGAAAGAAGGUCAGCUGGCCGCCGGCACCUGUGAGAUUGUGACCCUGGACCGGGACAGCAGCCAGCCGCGGAGGACGAUCGCCCGGCAGACGGCUCGCUGUGCGUGCAGAAAGGGGCAGAUCGCGGGCACCACGAGGGCCCGGCCCGCCUGCGUGGACGCGCGCAUUAUCAGAACGAAGCAGUGGUGUGACAUGCUCCCUUGUCUGGAGGGGGAAGGCUGUGACUUGUUAAUCAAUCGGUCAGGCUGGACGUGCACGCAGCCUGGGGGCCGGAUAAAGACCACCACGGUCUCCUGACAAACGCAGCCCCAGAGGGGCCCCGGGAAUGGCUUUGGCUCCCUGGAGAGCCCACACCUCGGCCACGGUCCUCAGUUGGCCACGGACGCCACCAAUUCUCCGCCAUCCGCCCGCCCUCCGUCUCUCUGCGGCCCGUCCAGGGCAGCCCGCCUCCUCAGCAUCCUGAGCUGAGUCUGUCCGGCUGCACCGAGGAGUCCAGCCUCGAACACGGUGGGGGCUGCGCCGGGCGUCGGGGAGCCUGGCCGCUCCGCGGAGGAGGAGGACGGCACCCCGCCCAGGGGAGGACUGACUCUCGGGCGCAGAAGUGGCCUCUCCUUGUGCCCCAGACUGUCCGAAUCGCUUUUAUUUUCUUAUUCUUUCAGUAUACUCGAUAGACCAAAGAGCAAAUCUAUUUUAACGCGGACUCGCCCUCACCGUCAGAGUCCCGGGUUCGAGUGGGGGGCACUGGGGCAGAGACAUGCCGGUGGCCCCGGCAGGGCGGAGAGGGCGGCCCCGGCAGAGGCCUCCGCCCCACAAACACUGCGAUGCCCUCUGAGGGGCCGAGCCAGCCGGAGGACCCCGAGGCAGCCCCGAGGGACGCGCGGCGAUGUCCCCGCGCAGACCCCUCGAGCGCGCCUGCCGGACACGGACAGCCGCGCGCACCCCGCUCCUCUGUACUUAGGUGGACUCGAUCGUACUAAAAUCACUUUCUGUUUUAACCAGUUAGACAUGCCUCUCUACAGCUCCAUUUCGAUAGUGGGAUAAUCCAGUAUUCGCCAAGAGCAUGUUGGGUCUCCCGUGACUGCUGUCUCAUCCGAUACACCAUUUAGCUCCAGAAAGCAAAUUAAAGGAAACGAAAGUAACACUUGUUUGAAAGAGAUCAUUAAAUGUAUUUUGCAAAGCCUAAAGUUAUAUAUUUAACAGUUUUUAUAUGUUGUAUAUUUGUAGAAAAUCCUAUUUAACAAUUAAUGUGGCAGCCCUGGCCGUCCUGAGAGGUAGCGGAGUCCGGUGUCCUUGGAGGCUCUGGGUGGGCGCGGGGAACCGGGCCGGGUGCAGGACGCUGGGGGCAGUGAGCUGGCAUCACGACGUGUCAGCCGGCGAGGGGAAGCCCGUUUCUUUUCGCUGGUUUGGGUUUGGUGGUCCCUCCCCUCGGCCUCUGUCUUGGUCCACACCGAGUGUACAGUACUUGGAUCAGCCUCUUCUUUCCGGUGGGUUGCCCCGUUUUUCUUACCCCUCGCACACCCUUCGAUCUUGAGGGCAGUUUGCAGCCGAUGUCUUCUCCCUGGGCGGAAGUCCCACUCAUUCUCGGUCUUCGGGGUGGGAAGGUUGAGACAAUGGGGGGCAGGCACGGGAGCGCAGACCCCUCCCAGCAACUCAGCGUCACCGGCCCAGUGAAUAAGGGACAGUUAUGUUUUUCCUUCCUCUGGCCAGAUUCCUUCAUUUUCCUGAGGUUCCGCUGAAGUAUACUACCUAAGAGUCCAAUUAACAGGAGUAUUAUGCUAGUUCUGUGCUACUAAAAAAAAGAAAAAGUAAAAAAAAUAUAUAUAUAUAUAGAAGCUGUUCCAGCAACCCAUAGCCUAAAGAUAGGAGAGAAAACCAUUUAUUUAAGACCCGUUCCAAUGUCCGUGAGUAUUUAAUUUACCUUUCAGUCACCGCAAAUUUAGAGGUAUGUGGAUCCUGGAGAAGGAGAAACGGCUAGGUUUUGGGUUUUCAUCACGGAGGAGACGGGUCUGGACAGGGUGCUGUCCGACUGGGCCUGCCCUGGCUGCACGGCCUGAUCUCACCCCGGGAGCCAGCGGGAGGCCCUGGGAGGGUCACCCCGCCCAGCACACUUCCGCCCUGCCCCGCCAGCGUCAUCCCCACCACUGUCUCUCGCCUGUUUCUUUUGACAGCGAGUGUUGACACCUUCGAGGGCAGAUACCGGGAGAUUUAAUAUGUUACAGCAUUUUUUUUCUUGUUUUACAGUAUUUGAUUUUGUGUUGAUUCAGCUAAAUU